AUGCACCAUCAAUGAGUGAUGAAGUUCGAGAAAUAAAUGAACAAAAUAUAUAUCGACAAAUGAAAUCAACAGACUACACGCAACAACAACAACAACAAGAAAAUUUCAAUAAUAAUGAGAAGAGCACAACAGAUGAUGAUGAUGAUAAUGAUGACGAUGAUAAUGAACAUAAAGAGCAUCACAAAACAAAAAUAACCCCUGAUGAAAAAACUUUAAUUACAGAUUCAUCAUCGGAUAAAAAUAAAACAGAUAUUGAAAUUAAGUCUAAUGAAAGUAGUCAACACAAUUAUUCAUCUCCAGUUUCAUUAAAUUCUGUAACACAAUUAUCGUCAUUAUCGUCUAAAAAAGCUGUGCAUGAAAAAGAAAAUAAUAUUGUAAAUGAAAAUAUUGAAAAUAAUAUUACUAAAAAUUAUAAUGGAGAAUCAAUUUUAAAAUCACAUAGUAAAACUAGAAAAUUUCGUGGUAAAAGAAAGAGAAUUAAAAGAAGAUUUAAUAAUAAAAAUAAAUUAAAAUUCAAUGAAGAAUAUAAUCAAGAAGAAAAUAGCAGUAAUAGUAAUUACAAUAAUUACAAUUUAAAUCGAUUUCCAACAAAAAAAGGAAAUCCAUCACAAAAAUUUGAAAAUUUAGAUUCAAUUGAAUUAUUAUCUGAAUCAUCUGGAUUAGUAUCUGAAUCAUCCCAAAUAUUAUCAUAUAAUAGUCCUAAAAAUAAAUAUUUAGUUUCUAAAAAUAAAUUAGAAAAUUCACAUAGAAAUAAGGAAAAAAGAAGAAAAUAUAAUAGAAAUAAAGAGAAUAGAGAGUUUUUCAUUAGAAAUAAUGAUGAUAAUGAUAAUGAAGAUGAUCAAAAUAUUAACACCGAUAUAAUAAAUAGUAAUAGUAAUAGUAAUAGUAAUAAUGAUAGUAUUAAUAUUAGAAAUAAUAGUAAUAAUAGUAGAAAUAAAUUAAUAAAUACCACAAAUAUUUCCUUAAAUCCAAAUGAUAAUAAUAAUAAUAAUGAUUUCAUUUUAUCAACAUAUCAUCAUCACCACCAUCGUAAUAAUUAUCAUCCAAAUAAUCAAUAUCGUAAUAAUUAUAAACAUAAUAAUUAUAAUCGGCAUCAUUUACAUUUGCAUCAGCACCAACGAAAUGAUUACAAACCAAAAGAGACUAAUACUCUUUAUCAUAUAAAAAAUUACAAAAAUUUUAAUAUUGACAAUAGUCAAAUGUUAAAUAAUAAUGAUAAAAUAGAAGAUACCGAUAAUAUUGAUAAUAAUGAUGAUGACGAUGACGAUGACGAUGAUGAUGAUGAUGAUGAUUAUGGUUUUUAUCAAAGGAAAAGAAUAAAAAAUUUCAAAGAUGUGAUUAACAUUGAUAUAGAUGCUGAUGUUAUUGAUAAUAAUGAUAAUGAUAUAUAUUAUGAUACUGAUACUGAUGAUGUUGAUGAACAAAUAAAAAAAAGUUUUAGAAACCAUAAAAACCAAAGGCAACAAUUACAACAACAACAGCAGCGUUUGCAUCAUAAUCAUAAAAAAUUUUAUAAUAAGAAUGAAGUAAAAAAUUUACAAAAAAAUGAAAAACAAUUACAAAGGAUCAAACAAAGAAAAAAAUUUAUCGCACAAAAAUUUCAAAAACGUUUAGAACGUGUUGAUGAUGGUGAAGGAAUACCACAGCAACAACAAUCGCUACAGUAUAAACAACAUCAACAAGAACGAAACCAUAGAAAACGUAAUGAAUAUAAUAAUGAUGACUACCAGCAAAUUGAAAAUGAAAAAAGAUUUUUCAAUUUUAACAACAAGACUGAAAAUGAAUAUCAGGACGAUGAUAAAAAAGACCAACAACAAUAUCAAUAUGAAAAGGAGAAAAAAGAGAAGCAACAGGAAAAAUAUCACCAUUUAAUGCGAAAAACUAAAAAACAAUUUAGAGAACGUGAAGAUUUCAAGCAAAUUCAAUUUUCUGAAGAUAAUCCAAUUCAACUUUCAUCAAAACCCAGUUUUUUACUAACAAAAUCAAAUUAUAAAAGAAUUCUUAAUCUUGAUGAUGAUGAUGAUGACGAUGAUGACACCGUCUCUAAUAAUAAUAAUAAUAACAAUAAUAACGCUUAUAUUGAUAAAAAUUAUUUCCUUGAUGGUGGAAAUGACGAUGACACUAGUGUUAAUAGCAAUAUAAAAUCAUCUAAAGAAUCUAUUAAUAUAGAUGAUGAUAUUGAUGAUGAUAUUGAUGAUGAAAAUAAGGAAGAAAAUGAUAAUGAUGAUGAUAUUGAUAAUAAUGAAGAUAAUAAUGCAGAGAUUGAAAAUAAUUCAUUGAAAAAUCAACGAAAACGAUUGAAUAACAAACAAACACAACAUGAAAACCAUGAUAGAAAAUCUUUAGAAAAUAUUAACCAAAGUAUUGUAUCAACAUUGAAUCAUUAUUCAAUUCAAUCUCAAGAGGAGCAACUUAUGAUGAUGAAAGAAAAAAAUCAAAAAUUACAACAACAAAAUGAAAAUGAAUUUAAAAUUAAAGAAGAUACAACAUCCAGAAGAAUAUAUGAAAGAAAACAAAAACAACAUCAACAUAAAAAGAAAAAGAAUUUAAAUCAUAAAAAAGAGAAAGAAGAAAAUCUAAAUGAAUCGAUUCUAUUGAAUCGAUUCAAUAUGAAUGAAAAGAUCAAUAGAAAAAAUAAUGAUAAGAAUAAUAACAGUAGCGAUGUCAACUACAAUAAAUAUAAUAACAACAAGAAUAAAGAUGAUAAUAGGAAAAUUGUUACUUAUAACAGUGAUCACAAUAAUAAUAUAGAUGGUAUAACGAGUCAAGAAGAUUUUAUUACAAGUCAACAUUCUGUUGAAAAAUUAAUGGAAAUCACAUCAAUUGAAAAAGAUAUUGAUGAAAAUGAAACUGGUGAUUUAUCAUGCUUUCGGGAUAAUGAUUUUAAACCGGCACCAGAAAUACCACAUGCCGAUAUUAAAUAUUUAAGAAAUGAAGAGAAUGGCAAUGAAAAUUCAUUUUUAGAAGUUGAAUACAUUUGUCAUCAUGGUUAUGAAUUACAAUUAGCAAACACAGAUGAUAAUAAUUUUAAUGGAAAACGUCGUAAUGUGUUUUGUAAAAAUGGUAAUUGGAUUGGAACACCACCAUUUUGUGUAAUGAUUGAAACUGAAAAUUCUGAAAUUAUUAUGGAUAAUGAAAUUUUUAAAAAUCAAAGACAGCAAGAAAAACAAAUAGAAAAAAUAAAUAAUAUUGAAUCAAAUAAAACAUGUAAUAAUCCUGGAAAAUGUGAUCAAUUAUGCAGUGUUGAAAAUGGUAUAGAAAAAUGUUUGUGUCAAAAAGGAUUUAAAAUGAAUAAUUACAGUCGCUGUGAAGAUAUAAAUGAAUGUAUAUCAUUAAGGAAUGGACAAGGUCCCUGUCAGGAUAUAUGCAUUAAUACAAUGGGAAGUUAUAAAUGUUCUUGUGAUAAUAUACCAGGAAGUCAUUUAAAUACUGAUGGUCAUACAUGUAUGGAAAUUGAUGAAUGUAGUCAAAAUAAUGGAGGAUGUUCACAUACCUGUAUACAUACAAUGGGUCGAGCAUAUUGUUUAUGUCCUGAAGGAUAUACAUUGGAUAAAGAUUGGAAAACUUGUGUUGAUAUUGAUGAAUGUGCUGAACAAGCAAGUGAUGAUAGUUCAGAAUUACGUUGUGAAUUUGGUUGUAUAAAUACGCCAGGAUCGUACACGUGUUUAGUUGAUUUUGGUGCUGAACAAUCAAUUUAUGAGGAAACAUUAACUGAAUGUGCUGAUGGAUUUUAUCAUAAUUCUAGUACAGCGGAUUGUGAAGAUAUCAAUGAAUGUGCCGAUAAAAAUGGUGGUUGUCUUCAUCGAUGUAUCAAUACAUUUGGCAGUUUCUAUUGUUCAUGUCUUCCGGGUUAUCAUAUCGAUGGUGAUAUGAAAUCAUGUGUUGCUUCACCAACUUUAAAUAGCAAGAAUACAACAAAUGGUAUUUAUAUAUCAUGUCCACCACUUUUUCCACCAAAACAUGGUUACUUAGAAUGUAGUCGACCAUUGGAGGAAACAGAUCAAAUAAUAGAAUCGAAUAAUAAUAAUAAUAAUAAUUUUGAAUUAUAUAAUAAUUAUGGAAUAAGUAAUGAUAAUCAAAGUAAUCAAAAUGGAAUAAACGUGAUGAUAAAUGAUAAUAAUGGUAAAAAUAUUACUACAAUUGAAAAUAAUAAUAAUAAGAAACAAGAACAAGAACCACAUUUAACAACAAAUCAGCCUGGUAGUCAAUGUGUAUUACGUUGUCCUACUGGAUUUAGAAUAAAUGGAAAUUUUUCAAAACAAUGUAAUAUAAAUGGAAAAUGGAUUGGUGAUGAUGAUGGAACAUGUAUAAGAUAUCCAACACCAAAAUUAAUAUGCCCAUCAGAUAUUACAUUGGAGACACCACCAAAUGAAAAAAUGGCAAAAUUAAAAAUACCUCGUCCACGUACUGAUGUUAAUUUUGAUAGAGAUGUUAGUAUUUCACCAGAAUUUCUUAAAACACCAAAUGAUAUAGCAUUUGAAAUUGGUACAAGAAAUGUAACCUAUACAGCAAGAAAUCCUGUUUCAAAAUUAUCAAUAUCAUGUUCAUUUACAAUAGCAGUUGUUGAAGGAGAAUCACCAACAGUGAAAUUUUGUCCUGGAACACAAAAAUAUUCAUUAGAAAAACAGCGUGAAAGCAUUAAAGUUAUUUGGAAAGAGCCAGUUUUUCAGGAUAAUAUUAAUGUUACUGAAAUAUCAAAAACAAAUACACCAGGAAAUAAUUUCGGUGUUGGAACUCAUCAAAUUGUUUAUAUUGCAAAAGAUGAAGCAGGUUAUUCAGCCAGAUGUAUAUUUAAAAUUAUAGUGAAUGUACCGCCACAGGAUGUUUUAAUUCAUCCUUUACCAUUUUAUCGAAUGUUUUACAAAAAAUAAAAUUAAAUAAAAUGGACGAAUUGAAUAUUAAUAAAAAACACAGAAAAAACCAAAAAAAAAGAAAAACUAAAAUAUAUAAAAAUAAUUUUGUUGCCUUCCAAUUUACUAAGAAAAAUUUUUGCAAAAAUAAAACCGAAAAAUUUAUUAAAACAAAUUGAUUUUAUUUAUAAAAAAAAAAAAAACAAAAAUAAUAAUAAAAUUUAAUUUGUUAUUUUGUUUGUGAUUGGAAAAAGGAUAUAUAAAAAUGAGAUUCCAUUUUAUUUUUGUUUUGUGGUUGUGUAUAAAAAAUUGGAGAAACCAUGAAAUUUAAAAAAAAAAAAAAAAAUUUAUAAAACUAUAAUUAUAAUAUAAUUUAUGAAAAUAGAAACAUAUAUACAUACCAACAAGUAAGGGAGAAUAAAAUCAAGAACUGGAACUUUGAAUAAUAUGUACAUAUAUACAUAUAUAAAAAAACAAAUUUACAAGGACCUAGAAAUUUUCUUAUAAUGCAGAUAAAAAUAUUUAUAGAGCAUACAAUACAACUUUUUGGUUUGUUACAAUAAUUAUUAAAAUGGAGCCGAAGACGACAUAAAAUAAUAAAAUAUCAGUAUGCUUUUUGUUAUCUUCUCGGGUGUACAUAAAUUUAUAAUUUUUUUUAAUUAAUUCCAUCUAUUAAAGUAUGCAUAUCCAUUGUUUUCCAGACUUCUUGGACGAUAAUUCCAUACUGGAUAUUGAUGGCCGAGAAUAUUAUCUAAAAACAGAAUAAAAAACAAAAGAAUUAAUUAAAACGGGAAAAUUAAAUAAUAAUUAUAUAAUUAUAAUAAUUAAUAAUUUUAAUUGAUAAUUAAGAAAAUUUAAUGAUAAGUGAUAAUCGUAAUUCUUCCUUUAUUUUCCUUUCAUCUUUUAAAUUAAAUUAUUAAAUUGAAAGUAAUUUAAAAGUAUUUUAAAGUUUAUUAUUCUAAAAUAUUUCAAUUCUUAUGAAAAUUAAUUAAAAAUCUGUAUUAAUUUAGAAAAAAAAAA